UACAACUCUGGAAGGAAAGAAUGAGAGUUUUUAAGAAGAAAGUAUUGUCGAGGAAUCAGCCAUGGAAGGACAAGAAGAGAAGAAGACGAGAGAUAUCCAUAGAUGAUGAUAUAUCACAACCAAAACAUAUUCCUCUUGAUCUAACCUUGGAUAUAGUCUCAAGACUUCCUGCGAAAUCAAUCGUGAGAUAUCGAUCUGUGUCAAAGCUCUGGUCUUCUUUCAUCACACUUCCGAGUUUUAUCGACUCCUUCGAGUCUCGGUCCUCAUCACAGCCACCGCGUCUUCUGAUCGCCUUCACACUACAAGGGAAGCACUUCGUUUUCUCGUUUCCUCAAAACAAGAACCCUGAAGGGUCUUAUUCUCCAGUGUAUAGUUAUCAUAUGAAAGACACUUAUUAUGAUAGGUAUAUGCGAGAGAGCGUCCAUGGUUUGAUUUUAUUAUAUGGAUUCCGGAUUUGGAACCCAAGCUUGCGUCGGAUUUCAACCUUACCACAUCCCCGAGAGCACAUCCCCAUCUCGCUUUGUAGUCGUAGUUCUUAUUUAUGUUACGAUCCAUUGGAGGGUAAACACAAAGUAUUGUGCUUAUAUUAUGGAACUAAAUCUUUAAUGGCUAUGAUUCUUACAUUGGGAGCUCAAGAAACAUGGAGAAUAAUACCCAAAGAGCAUUGCCCUAUGCACUCCCCAACUAGCGAAGGAUAUGGGCGGUGCUUCAAUGGGAUUCUGUAUUAUGAAGCUAGAGUUGAUGAUCAAUUUAUAAUAAUGAGCUUUGAUGUCAAAUCUGAAAGCUUCAGUCCUAUACAUUAUCCAAACUACUCUCGUUCUGGAUGGUCGGAUACUAUGAUACCUUAUGAGGGAAGGCUAGCCUUAGUUACUCGUGACUUUCCAUGUGGUGAUGGUGAAUUAUAUAUUUUGAAAGAUGCACAUGGACACGAAUGGACGCGUCAAUCCUUGCCUCGUGUAUGUUUUAAGAAAGAGUGGAGGAUAUAUAUGGAAUUCAAGGGUAUAACUGAUGCAGGUGAGUUUAUUUUUGCACCAAGAAGUUUUGUCGAUUCGUUUUAUAUUCUGUAUUUCGAUCCAAGGAGUAACACUACUAGAGAAGCCUUCUUUGAAGGAUUUAUGGGUAAUGAAUUUAGACGCAGUGGUCAUGGAGUUUCUAACGACCGAACAGACUGUUUGGGCGUUUUCGCAAAUCACAUGGAGAGUCUGGUGUUUUUUUAGUGCAGCGCCUUCUCUCGCUCAA